AUGAAUAAUCCAAUGCAAAAUAUGCGACUAGCACGCUCCUUUGCAUCAAAGCGUACCAUAUUCUCAUUUGUCAGAAAGUCACCCUGGCAUCUACCCUGCAACUCUGGGCCCCUUAUCCCGAACCGCGAACUCGUUGAUGAAGAGGUCUGUCCAGGUUACGACUCCAGGGUAUUCUACCCGGCUAGAGCUGGAGAAGUCCUCGCCCACAGGUAUCAGCUACUAUCAAAAAUUGGCUGGGGCUCGCAGUCGACCGUAUGGCUUGCACGAGAUGUCUCUAGGUUCAAAUGGGAGUCUGAACAGACUGUGGCCCUCAAGAUAGUCAACAGCAACGAGUUCGACGCGGCGCAGUAUGAGAAGUCGAUCGAAGAUCACAUCGCACGGCAAAAUCCGGCACAUCGUGGACACGCGAUUCUACGAACCUGUCUUGAUGGCUUUGAGAUAGAAGGUCCAGAUGGAAGGUAUAUGUGUCUUGCAUACCAUCCUAUGCGCGAGCCGUUUUGGAUUUUUCAGAGGCGCUUUGUUUCUCGAAAGCUUCCCCUACCAUUGGCGAAGGCUUAUAUUUAUGUGCUUUUGGUUGGCCUGGACUAUCUUCAUUCAGAGUGCAAUGUCGUCCAUACUGGUGAGCUAAGAAGCUUUUUGUCUGGUUUCUGGCUCCACAUUCAGAGCACCUUGACUACAUUUAUCAACAAAGGAGAGCCGAUGGACUAUAAAACGUGCCCUGAAACCGGGCGAACUGUGUACCGCUGUCACAAUAACUUUGGCCCACUCGAUGUAAAGCAAAUUGCAAUAAUGGUCCCCCAACUCGUGGAUUUUGGGCUUGUUGCGAGGCUGGACAAGGAGCAGCUCGGCAUCAUCCCAAUUCAACCAGACCACUAUUUUGCACCGGAGGUGAUACUCGGCUGUGGUUGGAACUCCAAAGCAGAUAUUUGGAACAUGGGUGUUCUGCUGUGGAAUAUCAUUGGGAAUACCGAGUUAUUCCAGCAGGUCCACGAUACAGAUAGUCUGUAUACUGCCAAGCCACAUCUUGCAGAGAUGGUUGCCUUGCUUGGCCCACCCCCUACGCAAUUAAUCGCGAGGUCCGAUAUAAUGGCACAGCAUGACUGGCCAGAACCAGUUAGAGGCGCCACCGGCAAACUCUGUUCAAAUGGGAGAGAAUUCUUUGGUGGCCCUUUCUUUAACGAAGAAGGUGACUUUCUUCACGAAGAUUUGAUGCCAACCAGAGCUCUCCAGGAUACCAUCCCAUUUGUAGACGAGAAAGAUCGAGCAAGCUUUUUGGACUUUGCGCAAGGAAUGCUCACGUGGCUGCCGGAAGAUAGGAAGUCUGCCGGCGAGCUGAUGAAGCAUCCAUUUCUCAAGCUGCAUGGUUAA